AGUCCCCGCCUACUUCCAUAGUUGGUGGCGGUUGCUCGGUAACUAGUCACAGCCGCUCGAGGGCACGGGGCCCUGUUCCGGCUCGCGGCCCCAUGUCGUACUCGCACGCCCCCAAGCGCACGGGGCUGCCCCGCGCCGUGCUGAGGUGGCUGCAGAGCCUGGACCUGAGUUUCUUCCCCAGGAACUUCCGACGGGACUUCUCUAACGGCUGCCUCAUCGCCGAGAUCUUCUCCUGGUAUUACCCCGAGCACAUCCACAGCCACGGCUACGAGAACGGCGCCUCGCUGGCCACCAAGCUCAGCAACUGGUCCCAGCUCGGCCAGUUUUUUUCCAGAAGAAAAUUGAAGCUUGCGCAAGAACUAAUAGAUGGGACAAUUCACUGUAAACCGGGAGCAGCUGAAAUUUUGGUACAAGACAUCUACUCAAUGCUAACAAACGGACGAAUUAAAAAUAUUCAGGGUGAGGUUGACUUUACAGACCACUAUUAUCAGGAGCAGUUACCGAUGGUUGCCAGGUCAACAGCUUCAAAGGCUAUCAAGAACAACAUUCAGCUAACAGAAAUAAUGAUAGAGCCCAACGUUAACAAAAAUAGACAAAAGGUUAAUGCUAUCAUCAAUAUGCAUAUGCAACAGAGACUGGUAGAGAGGGAAGAGAACCCAAAGCGGUUUAACAUUAAACCAAGCUUGGCAGAGCGUGCAGUUCGUCAUCCAGCUGCUGUAGGUCCCUCUGGGAGUGCCGUUAACAUCAAAAGAGAGAAACUUUCUUUUAUAUCAAACGGACGUCCAGAAAUCAGAAGCAAAAGUGGUGGUCAUUUCAAAGAAAUCCAGGUGAAACAAGCUGACAGAUGCUCUUUUACUGUGGAUGUAUAAGUGCAGCAGCUCCAGGUACCUAGCCAAAAGGAUUUCUAACUGAAUAUUGGAAAAAAAAGGAUUGGAGGGACCUCAACCUUUGAAACUACAAGAUCACUUUAUCUCUAUAAUUCUUUGACCUAUCCAUUGGGAGAGAAUUGCCUGAUUGGUUCAGUGUCUGUUAAAUUAGAGCAUUAUUUUCUUCUAGUAAAUGCCCAAACAAAAUACAUAUUGGAAAUCGAUGUUUGUGAAGUGUGACAGUGAAAUCAUCAGUAAAAAGCAGUAUCUAAAAUAUACAUCACCUUAGUUUCCCCAUUGUUAGACAGCUUCCUUCAGUGACUUGCUAGCAUAGGUGGCUUGUACAGCUCAGUCUCCUCCUAGACUUGAUUACUUACUAGAUUGAAUUGUUUUUAAUAUUUCAAGUUCUUUGUCAGUGAAAUUUUCCAAUUUACAGAUUGCCGUGGUGCAAGAUGGGUAAUGAGGAUGGUGGUCAAACUUUUGCACAUUGUGAUGUGAUGAGGUUAAUAAAUUAGACAGUUAUAUUUGUGUCCUUUGUAUUUUGACUACGGUACAAUUGAUUCUUUACAAUCUUGGAUAUACGAUUAAUUUUUAGUAACUAUAUCAAAUAGUUUUGACAUGUUUUUUUUCAUUUUGACAAACAUGUGACUGUGGUAGAGACAUUUUAUUAGUUAACACUUAUUACAAGAACACUAGAUUACAAGAGAUUUUUUUUUCAGAGCACCUGUUACAGAGUAUAAAAGUAUAUGGCUUGAAAUAUUUUUCCUGGAAAGCUAUAGAGAAAUUCAGACACGGUUCAGAACAAAACACAAUUAUUUGAAGGUGAAGAUAUCAAAUGUUUUUUAAUUUAAAGGGGAAAUAACUAUAGUUGAGCACUUCUGCUUGACAAUGAAAUCACAUUUUAGCAAACAACCUGAAAUUAUUUUGGAAAACAUUGAUGCAGCUAGUGUUUUGACCGUCGCGACUACAUAUUGUAACAGUAAAUGCACAUUUUACAAUAUUUUGUCUUAUGUUUUUUCCCCCACAUAAGGUAAGGACUACCUUUAAAGCAAAUGCAACAUAUUUUUGUUCACAAGACUAUUAGCUGACAUAUUUCUAAUAUAAAAGUGCCCUUUGACUCAAUUUUUAUACUCUAACCCUAACAAUGAAAAAUAAUUUAUCUUCCUCAGGUGUCUAAAGCGGGAUUAGAUUUGUCUGAGGUUCACCAUUAAGCACAACUUCCACAAAUUGAUGCAGUUUUACUACAUAUUUAUAAUUAUUUAAAAGAUUUACGUACAGCAGUAUAAAUCUUCAGGAUAUUACCAACGAUUUAAAGAAUAGAGUGGCAGGUGAGUCAAUCCUUCAGAUUUCAAUUCAUACAGUUAAACAAACUUGGUGUUUAUGAUCAAUCCUCUCCAUCUUUUCUCAUCUGUAAGUGCCUAUAUUUCUUUUUACAUACACAUCAGCCAUACAAGGCACACCAGCCAAGAUAAUUACUGAUUGUGAUUCAACAAAAAUACCCUUCGUUAUUCACAGCUGGUGGGUUAUAGUUCUUCCACAAAUUAGGAUAAUGGAUCUUUUUCUGAUUCUAUCUCUCAUUCCCCAAACUCCAUAUAAUUAAACAAAGAGAAACAAAUCCCAAAUGGUAGAAGCAAUUAAGUGAUACCUAACUCUCUGAUAUCUAAAUAAAGGUGUAAAGAUGUGUACUGCUCCUUGCAAAACAAGGGCUAGUAGUUAGGAUGUACUAUUUCUUUGAGCACCAAAAACCUGUAAAAUAAUUCAACAACCUUUGUAGAAAAACUAUUAACUUUAAACUUAAUUUUUUUCCAUACUUUAUGGAAUUCCUGAGUUUAACUUCUCUGUAGCCUAGGGCUGAUCAUCAGCCUCUCUGUCUCAGUUUCCACUUAGUAAAAUGAGGACAUUCCUUACUACCUCAGGGAUAGUGUGAGAUUAAGUUUCAAGGCAUUUAGGAUGAGAAGGGUUAUAUCUUGUGGUAUUCCUAUUUUGUACAGGUUACUUAAACAUGUUCAAUCAUUUUACUACUCUUGAUAUCUUAACAGAAUAAUGUUGUUUGUUUGUUGUUUUUUAGGGGGAGGGGAUGGAGGGGAGGCAGGGGAAAGACAAAGUGAAGCUGAUUAGAACAGUGUCACUAACAUGCUAAUCAGGGAACCUAGCAAAAGGAUUUCUAAUGCUAUUUGAUGGAAGAACAAUUAUAUCUGUCAACAAUUGGUCUUCUAAUGCCUGUAUGUGAUGAUAUGCACAAUUUUUAGAAUAAAAAUUUUACUCAUUCUAUUGCCA